AUGGAUCCACAUAGCCCAAUUGUUUUAGAUCAAGGUACUGGUUUUGUUAAGAUUGGUCGUGCUGGUGAGAAUUUCCCAGAUCAUACUUUCCCAUCCAUUGUUGGUAGACCGAUCCUGAGAGCUGAAGAACGUGGGAAUCUUAAUAUCCCUUUGAAAGAUGUCAUGAUUGGUGAAGAAGCUAGUGCUGUUAGAUCUUAUCUACAAAUUUCAUAUCCUAUGGAAAAUGGUAUUAUCAAGAACUGGACCGAUAUGGAGUUGUUAUGGGAUUAUGCAUUUUAUGAACAGAUGAAGUUACCAAGCACAUCCGGUGGUAAAGUUUUACUAACCGAACCACCUUUAAAUCCAUUGAAGAAUAGAGAGAAGAUGUGUGAAGUAAUGUUUGAAAAGUAUGAUUUUGGUGGUGUGUAUGUUGCAAUCCAAGCCGUGUUAGCUUUAUACGCACAAGGUUUGUCUUCGGGUGUUGUGAUAGACUCCGGUGACGGUGUUACACAUAUUGUCCCAGUUUAUGAGUCUGUCGUGUUAAAUCAUCUAACUAGACGAUUAGACGUUGCUGGUAGAGAUGUUACAAGACAUUUGAUUGACUUGUUGUCUCGUCGUGGUUAUGCAUUCAAUAGAACUGCUGAUUUUGAAACAGUUCGUCAAAUUAAAGAAAAGCUGUGUUAUGUUUCUUAUGAUUUGGAAUUAGAUACUAAAUUAGCAAGAGAAACAACAACUUUAGUCGAAAACUACGAGUUACCAGAUGGUAGAGUCAUUAAAGUUGGUCAAGAAAGAUUUGAAGCCGCAGAAUGUUUGUUCCAACCUAAUCUUGUAGAUGUUGAAAGUGCAGGUGUCGGUGAACUCUUAUUUAAUACAAUUCAAUCAGCUGAUAUCGAUGUUAGAAGCUCAUUGUACAAAGCCAUUGUUUUAUCUGGUGGUUCUAGUAUGUAUCCAGGUCUUCCUUCCAGAAUAGAAAAAGAAUUAAAGCAGUUAUGGUACACUAGAGUAUUAAACAAUGACCCUGCAAGACUAGAUAAAUUUAAGGUCAGAAUCGAAGAUCCUCCAAGAAGAAAACAUAUGGUGUUUAUCGGUGGUGCAGUUUUAGCUAGCAUCAUGGCUGAUAAAGACCACAUGUGGUUAUCUAAACAAGAAUGGGCUGAAUCCGGUCCUGCUGCUAUGGCUAAAUUUGGUCCAAGAUAA